UGUUUGUGAAACAUGAUCGUCCUAGCAGCACAGACUCAGGCCUGAGAGCCGACCAUGCCACGGAACCAAAUGCAUAGCUGGCUGAAUGCUGGGCUCUUUGGGAUCCUGCUUCUUCUUAUCCAUGUGCAGGGUCAGGACUCACCAGAGGCCAGCCCCAUCAGAAACACACACACUGGCCAGGUCCAAGGAAGCCUCAUCCACUUGAAAGACACAAAAUCUAGUGUCCACACUUUCCUGGGAAUUCCCUUUGCCAAGCCUCCUGUAGGACCACUGCGCUUUGCUCCUCCUGAGGCCCAUGACCCAUGGAGUGGUGUGAGAGAUGGAACCUCACACCCAGCCAUGUGUUUGCAAAAUCAUGAUAUGCUGAGUGAAUUAGACCUGCCAGAUGUGAAAAUGAUCCUGUCUUCCAUCCCUGUGUCUGAGGACUGCCUGUAUCUCAACAUCUACACACCCGCCCAUGCCCACGAGGGCUCUAACCUGCCUGUGAUGGUGUGGAUCCAUGGAGGUGCACUGGUUAUAGGAUCGGCUUCCAUGUGUGAUGGUUCUCUAUUGACAGCCACGGAGGACUUGGUGGUUGUCACUAUCCAAUAUCGUCUGGGUGUCCUGGGCUUUUUCAGCACUGGAGAUGAGCACGCCAGAGGAAACUGGGGAUACCUGGACCAAGUGGCUGCCCUACGCUGGGUCCAGCAGAACAUUGUCUACUUUGGUGGCAACCCUGACAGUGUCACUAUUUUUGGCGAGUCUGCAGGUGGCACAAGUGUGUCUUCACAUGUUGUGUCCCCCAUGUCCCAAGGGCUCUUCCAUGGUGCCAUCAUGGAGAGUGGGGUGGCCCUGCUGCCUGACCUUAUAUCUGACACCUCUGAGAUGGUCUCUACUACAGUGGCCAAGCUAUCUGGAUGUGAAGCCAUGGACUCACAAGCCCUGGUGGGCUGUCUGAGAGGCAAAAGUGAAGCAGAGAUUCUAGCUAUUAACAAGGUCUUCAAGAUGAUCCCUGCUGUGGUGGAUGGGAAGUUCCUACCCAGGCAUCCCAAAGAGUUGUUGGCAUCUGAGGAUUUUCACCCUGUCCCCAGCAUCAUUGGGGUCAACACUGAUGAGUUUGGUUGGACCGUUCCAAUUGUCAUGGGCUCUGCUCAGACAAUAAAGGAAAUAACCAGAGAGAACCUGCCAGCUGUUCUAAAGAAUACAGCAGUACAAAUGAAGCUGCCUCCUGAGUGGUUAAAAGUAGUUAAUGGCACCCAAAGGACCUGA